GACUCUGCCGUCUCUCUCAAUGUGUCCGUCACCUCACGAGCUGGUGGCUGUGCCCAGUCAGUGGUACUGGUCCUCCUGUGUGCCCGCUGCUCAGCUACCAUCAAGUCGUGCCUCAACCUGCGCGUCUGCACCGUGAAUGCUGACAGCCCCUCCGAGUGCGUCCCCCAGGGUGAGUUCAAUGCCAUGCCGCACCUUGAGACAGAGGUCGUCUUCCACGAGGUGAAGGGCUGCUCCCGCGGGGAUGCCCAGAGCACCAAAGCCGCUCACAUCGUCCGCCUGGAUCCCAAGCCCAGCUCCAUCACAAAGGUGGAUGUGUCCCUGAGCUGUCCAAAGAGAGCUGUGGGCAACCAGUUCCUCAUCCUGCAGAGCCGGGCCAACCUCACCUGGUUCCUCUCCCUCAACAACUGCAACGUCCGCUUCCUGGUCUCCGGGAGCUACAGGAUCAUGAGCUUGUCAAAGCUAGGGCUGUUCCCUGGGGAACUCCUGCCUGACACGGAGCAGGGUCUUGUCAACAAAGCUUUUGAGAAGAACUGCAGUGUCAUCGCCUCCUACUCUGCCAUCCCUGUCAGCACCCACAUCAGUCUGGAGAUCCAGGAGCACGAGAUGAUCAGGAGGGCGCCUGUGAUGACCACCUCCCCUCCUACCUCCACCCAAUCGAUGCCCAAGUUGCUGCUGCCCAUGCUCCGUCCCUGGAAGUGCACGGAUGAAACCAUGGAGAUUGUCAUCGCCAGGUCCCACUUGCAGCCCAUCAAGGACCUGGUAAACAUCUCCCUGCGGGACAGUAGCUGCCAGGCAGAGAAAAAUGCCACUCACUUCAUGCUGAAGACCACACUCAGCCACUGCGGCACCUCGCUAGAGGACAGGGGCCAUGCCAACAACGAGAACACCACCAUGUUCGAGAAGGUCCUGCAGGUGAUGGUGAAGGAUGGCUGGCAGCCACCCAACAGCCGUGGGCUGGGGCUGGCCGCUGUCCUGGGCAUCACGUUCGGCGCUUUCCUCAUCGGGGC